UCUGGACGCCAACCUUGACCACAAUGUUUGAACGAUUGAAGCAAGAAAGCUGCGAAAAGACCGGCCGUCUGCAAGGAACGAACAUUAACACGGAGACUGAGUCGAAAAUAAAAUACUGCAAGGAAUGGGUGAAGAGGGACAGACAGCUUCUCAGAGCUGUUGACAGAUGUGCUGCGUUUUACAAGAAAGACAAAAGAAGAGAAGAAAUAGUGAAGCAUCUCGAUAUAAUCCAGCGGCAUUCUGAUGGCCCGAUGCAUACAGGAGCGCUCGCUCUAAGCAAGUGCUUAUCUCGAAAAUCUUCUGGUGACGAGGGAGAACCAAGAAAACGGCUUCUGACGUCAGAAGAACUCAACAAACAUUUUGGAGAAAAACUCAAGCUAUUCGCUGCAGUGGAGAUGAAGUCGAUGAAACAAGCUUUUGCUUUACUCGGACGAAAGCGCCUGAAUAAGGAUGCAUUGCAAAAUAAAGCGCAAAAAAAUCCUAUAGAAGAAAAUCAACGGAAGGCUGCUGUCGCGGAGACUGAAUUUUUAAUGCAGCUACAUGACGUAGAAGAACUCUUGGAAAAAAUACCAGAAUAUGAAGCUCUUCAUGCAGCAGUUUUUAGAAGUGGAUUACAGUAUCUUUCAACGGCAUUUUAA